CGGCCGCUCCGGCUCCCGCUCGGGCCGCACUCGACCCUCUCGGGCCUCGGCUACUCGGGCUGCGGCGGAAGAUGGCGGCUGCCGAGACUCGGGCGGACAGCGCGGAGCGGGCGCUGGCGGCCGUGCCCGACUUAGCCCGGCUGCUGGAAAUCGACCCGUACCUGAAGCCCUUCGCCCAGGACUUCCAGCGCAGAUAUGAGCGUUUCAACCAGACCCUGGACACCAUUGGGGAGAAUGAAGGUGGCAUCGAUAAAUUUUCCAGAGGUUAUGAAUCUUUUGGCAUCCAUAGAUGUGACGAUGGUGGAAUUUACUGCAAAGAGUGGGCACCGGGAGCAGAAGGAGUGUUUCUUACUGGAGACUUCAAUGAUUGGAAUCCAUUUUCAUAUCCUUAUCAAAAACUGGAUUUUGGAAAAUGGGAGCUACGUAUUCCACCUAAACAGAAUAAAUCUCCUGUAAUACCUCAUGGAUCCAAGUUAAAGGUAGUCAUUAGGAAUAAGAGUGGGGAAAUUUUAUAUCGAAUUUCACCGUGGGCAAAAUAUGUGGCUCGUGAAGGUGAUAAUGUGAAUUAUGAUUGGAUACAUUGGGAUCCAGAGCAUUCAUAUAAGUUUAAGAAUUUCAGACCAGCAAAGCCAAGAAGUCUGAGAAUUUAUGAAUCUCAUGUGGGAAUUUCUUCCCAAGAAGGAAAAAUAGCUUCUUAUAAACAUUUUACAUGCAAUGUACUACCAAGAAUCAAAGACCUUGGAUAUAACUGCAUUCAGAUGAUGGCGAUUAUGGAGCAUGCCUACUAUGCUAGCUUUGGUUACCAAAUCACAAGCUUCUUUGCAGCUUCAAGCCGUUAUGGAACCCCUGAAGAACUAAAGGAACUUGUUGACACAGCUCACUCAAUGGGUAUCACAGUGCUCUUAGAUGUGGUACACAGUCAUGCUUCCAAAAAUUCAGAAGAUGGAUUGAAUAUGUUUGAUGGGACAGAUUCCUGUUAUUUUCAUUCUGGACCUCGAGGGAAUCAUGAUCUUUGGGAUAGUAGAUUGUUUGCCUACUCCAGUUGGGAAGUCUUACGUUUCCUGCUAUCAAACUUGAGAUGGUGGUUGGAAGAGUAUGGUUUUGAUGGAUUUCGUUUUGAUGGUGUCACAUCUAUGCUUUAUCACCAUCACGGGAUGGGUCAAGGUUUUUCAGGUGAUUACCACGAAUAUUUUGGACUCCAAGUAGAUGAAGAUGCCUUGAUUUAUCUCAUGUUGGCCAAUCAUUUGGUUCACACAUUGUAUCCAGAUUCUAUCACAAUAGCUGAGGAUGUCUCAGGAAUGCCGGCUCUCUGUUGUCCAAUUUCUCAGGGAGGAGGUGGUUUUGACUAUCGAUUAGCCAUGGCAAUUCCAGAUAAAUGGAUCCAGCUGAUUAAAGAAUUUAAGGAUGAAGACUGGAAUAUGGGCAAUAUUGUGCACACACUCACAAACCGACGCUACCUUGAAAAAUGCAUUGCUUAUUCAGAGAGCCAUGACCAGGCACUUGUUGGGGAUAAGACAUUGGCAUUUUGGUUGAUGGAUGCUGAAAUGUAUACCAACAUGAGUGUUUUAGCCCCUUUUACUCCAGUAAUUGAUCGUGGAAUACAGCUUCAUAAAAUGAUCCGUCUUAUUACUCAUGCACUUGGAGGAGAAGGUUAUCUCAAUUUCAUGGGCAAUGAAUUUGGGCAUCCUGAGUGGUUAGAUUUUCCAAGGAAAGGAAAUAAUGAAAGUUACCAUUAUGCCAGAAGGCAGUUUAAUUUAACUGAUGAUGACCUGCUUCGCUAUAAGUUCCUAAAUAACUUUGACAGGGAUAUGAAUAAAUUGGAAGAAAGAUGUGGUUGGCUUUCAGCUCCACAGGCCUAUGUGAGUGAAAAACAUGAAUCCGAUAAGAUUAUUGCUUUUGAAAGAGCAGGUCUUCUUUUUAUUUUCAAUUUCCAUCCAAACAAGAGCUAUACUGAUUACCGAGUUGGAACAGCAGUGCCAGGAAAAUUCAAGAUUGUGCUAGAUUCAGAUGCUGCAGAAUACGGAGGACAUCAAAGACUGGAUCAUGGCACUGAGUUCUUUUCUGAAGCUUAUGAACAUAAUGGGCGUCCCCAUUCUCUUAUGGUAUACAUUCCAAGCCGCGUGGCCCUCAUCCUUCAGAAUAUGGACCUGCCCAACUAAGAAACCUGUUCUCAGCUCCAGGAGAUGAAAAAUGUUUACGUGUCACUCCUGUGACCUCUUGUGUGUGUGUGUAUGCAUGUGUGUGUGUUUCUGCCCUCAUUGCCUCAAGAUUAUAAUGUGUGAGCUUUGUAAAAUAGACACCUAUUCUAACUAAAAUAUCAAAUACCUGAAAUUCUGUACCGGUUCAUGUAAACCCACUUUUCUUUAUGAAGGAGGAAUGAUUGUGAAAUUUUAGGCAAGCUAGACAGUGUUUUCUAGCUCUCUGUAGAGCUAGGCCUCUAGGGUGAAGUAUUAUAUGUUACUUCUUUAAAUAAUUUGAAUUCUUCAUUUGAUCCUUCAAAUUUAAACCAUGUGUCAAGUGUGAUUACUUCUCUUGAGUGUUUAUAACAUUUUUAAAAUGCCGAAUAUUUGGUGGCUUUGUUUGAAUAUCUCUUGAUCUAAAUAGCAAGGUAUCAAGAUUAUUGCUCUUUGUUUUUGAAAUCAUGCUUAGAAAUAUUGUAUUGCAUAUGAAGUUAUAUUAAAGAAGUGUAUCAGCUAUAGUAUAAAAUCUUUAUCAUGAACUUUGUCAUGCUUCAUUUGCUUAAGUGUUACCAUGUGACCUCUCUUUUACCUGCUAAGUUGGUGGCUGCUGAUGUUUUGCACUUCCAAAAGGCCUUAAAAAGCAAGUGUAACAUUUCAAAAAAUCUUUUGCUUUCAAUAAAACUUAGAAAAAUU